AUGAGACUUAAAGUAUUCAAGAAAAACUUGGAAUACAUUGAGAACUUCAAUAACAAGGGGAAUCAAAGCUACAAACUUGGUGUCAACGAGUUCACGGAUUUGAUCGAUGAAGAGUUUCUAGCCACCCACACCGGUCUCAAUGAUAUUAGCGUAACUUCACCAUCCGUAACGAUGCCACCUAGGAAUUGGAACGUCAGUAACCUCGUUGGUGAGAGCAAAGACUGGAGGAAGGAAGGAAGGAGAUGUAACACCUGCCAAAAGACAAGAAGGAUGUGGUAA